AAAAAAUCUCAGCCGAUACUUCAUCAGAUUCUUUUAACCAAACUGAUCGAUCACUGGCAGGAUCCUGCUGAUCCUGGCUGUGUGUACUAACCAGCUUCCACUUUAUCUUUUUAUACUGACUGAACCCACAUCAUCAAGCUUUCUGAAGGAGAGCAAUGUAUGAAAAUGUGCCAACAGUAUCAGCAACUGAGCGGCAGCAGGUGCUCCAGGCUGUGGAGAGGCUUCAGGCCAGGUUGGUACAGCGGGAGGAAUGGACCCACAGUGAGAGGCUGGGUGUGCUGAAGGAAGCACUGCAGAGUCCUCUGCUCAACCGCAUCCUCACCCUGCAGCAUUCGCUCAAACAGCUUAAAGACCAGUUGAACUGUAUGCCCCCAGAUACCUGUAGUGAGUUCAGUUUCUCAAGAAAAGGCCAGCUGAUUGUGAGCGCUAGUCGCCCAGGGAGCAGUCUCGGCUCUGUGGUGUCCAACGGCACAUCUGUGUCCGCAGCAUCAUCGGACCAGCUUCAGAGAUGGCUCCACACUGCAGCAAAGGGAAGAACGUUGGAGCACGCGAGCCUGUUGAGACCAUUAUCUGGAGGCCUGGGCUUUAGUGUGGUGGGGCUGAAGCCUGAUGGAGUGGGUCCACAUGGAGUUUUUAUCAAACAGGUGCAGCCUGGAAGUGUGGCAGACAGAGAUGGCAGAUUGCAUGAGAAUGAUCAGAUUCUGGCCAUCAACGGAGUUCCUCUGGACCAGAAUGUUACACAACAGCAGGCCAUUGCUUAUCUACAGCAGCAAAGGGACAGAGUGGAACUCGUAGUGGCUAAAGACUCUUCAUCUAAAGCAGGUCAUCUCUCUUCUGGAUCCAUAACUACGGAGCAGUGGGGUAAUGUGGAGGAGAUCGAGCUGAUAAAUGAUGGUUCAGGCCUCGGUUUUGGAAUUGUGGGUGGAAAGGCCACUGGAGUGGUCGUACGUACUCUGGUCCCAAACAGUGUUGCUGAUAAGGACCGACGGUUAAGGACAGGUGACCACAUCCUGCGCAUCGGGGACACACCUACACAGGGUUUGUCCAGCGAACAGGUGGUGCAGGCGCUGCAGGCCUGUGGGAGUCGCGUCCGCAUGCUGAUCGCACGGGACCCUCUGGGGGAUGUCCAUUCUCCUCUGUCUCCCCCACCUGCCCCUGCAGCAGCACCCGUCUCCUCCCUGCCUCCUCCUAUACCAGUGCGCAGAACCAGCAGAACGUUAAACCUGGAAGGCUAUGACAUUCAUGAAGUGACUUUAAAGAAGAAGGAAGGCCAGAGUUUGGGGAUCUCAAUUGUUGGUUCUAACAGCUUAAAUGAGGAACAAUUAGGGGUUGUUGUGAAGAGCGUCAUCCCAGGCAGUGCUGCCGAACAGUGUGGGAAUAUCAUGGUCCACGACAGAAUAAUAACGCUGAAUGGAGUUAAUCUGCAGGGCUUCACCAGUCAGGAGGUUCUGGAUGUGAUGAAGCAGACUGGUCAGACCAUUCACCUCACUCUGGUGCGCAAGAUCGGCUCCCCUAAAAAACCAUCUGUGGAGAUAUCUCUGGAUAAAGUCCAGAGAGAGUCAUCCCGAGUGUCUCUGAGGAGAUCUGCAGAGAUCAAGGUACGGGCCGACGUUCAGAAUCAGAUGGCCUCUGUGAUGGAGCCCGCAGACUUGGCUCCGACUCUGACUUCAGUCAAACACCAGCCGUCUGCAAGAGCUCAAGACCCUGUCACGCUGACUGAGAUGGAGUUGCAUACCAAAUGGGAGCAAGCACUUGGACCCCAGUAUGAAGUUAUGGUUGUUGAACUGGAUCCUGUCAUUGAGGAUGAUGCUGAGCUGCAGAAAUAUUCUAAGCUUCUCCCGAUACACACCAUGCGUCUGGGUGUGGAGCUGGACUCAUUUGAUGGACACCACUACAUCUCCACUGUGGCCCCUGAUGGUCCCGUGGCUAAUCAUGGUCUACUGCGACCUGAGGAUGAACUUCUUGAGGUGAAUGGAGUGCAGUUGUAUGGGAAGUCAAGACGAGAAGCAGUAGCCUUCUUGCGUGAGGUUCCUCCACCUUUCACACUUGUGUGCUGUAGGCGCCUCACUGAUGAGGGUACAGAAUACCAACCUGAUGAUGAGUGGCUCUCCAGCAGCCCGACAGUCAGCCUACAGGAGCAGAUGCAAGCGCUGGAAGUUGCUGAGCAGAAAAAGCUUCCAGAAGAGAGCAGUCCAGUGAAAGAGGAGGAGAGGAGAGGAAGUGCAGAUGAGGAGAAUGACGAGGCAGAGCUGGCCCUCUGGUCCUCAGAAGUACAGGUCCUGAAGUUGGAAAAAGCCGAGCGAGGCCUUGGUUUCAGCAUACUGGAUUACCAGGACCCUCUGGACACUACACGCUCUGUGAUUGUAAUCCGUUCACUGGUAGCAGGAGGUGUGGCUGAGACUAAUGGUGGCUUGCUGCCCGGAGACCAGCUGGUGUUUGUAAAUGACACCCACCUGGACAGGUGCACUUUGGCCCAAGCUGUAGACGUCCUCAAGGCUGCCCCUCUGGGCAUGGUCUACUUGGGCAUCAGGAAACCUCUAGGGACAGAGGAAAGGAUCAACACUGAGCCGCCUGUAGAAUAUUUGGAGAAACCAAAGCAGCUUCUCACCUUUCCUCAGCUAUCUGUAUCUAAGGCCUUUGGGGAUAGCUCAGUCCUCCCCGAAGACCUUGCUGAGGAGCCAGUGCUGAUUUUGGAAGGCACUCCUCGCUAUGCCUCCCCUUAUAUCACAGCCGAUCUGCUGCAGGGUCUGGGGAGAGAGAUGGCUGUGGAUGAAGAGGUAGAGAUUGAGGAGGAGGAGGAGAUAAACAGCCAGAGUUUAAAAAGUGACCAGGAGAGUCCACUGCCGUACCCCAGUCAGGAGUCACCUUUCGAAGAGGUGCUUGUGUUAAACCCCUACAGGACUUUUACCAAUCCUAACAUGCAACAGCAGGAUGAGGAUGAGGAGACUGCAAACGAUGAGGGUGAGAAGGACUUCAGAACAAAACUGGAGUCGAGCACAAAGUUUUACCAGCAUCCCCUGAGUCAGUCAGUGAGGUCCUGGACAGAAAGUGAAGCAGACUCUGACUCCAGGAAUGAAGGAUCAGAGCUCACCCUGACCGACACAGACACAGAAUCUGCACAGCCUCCCUCCUAUUCUAGGAGGAAGAAGAUGAGUCAAGGAGCUGUCAUGGUUUCAGGGAGAGAAGGACAAGUUGAUCUGCCAGAGAGAGAGGAUGGAGAGGGAGAGGAAACACCCAUCUUUAGUCACUGGGGGACCCCGCGCAGAGUGGAGGUGUGGCUAGAGUCAGGAGAGUCUCUGGGCAUCAGUAUCGUAGGGGGCAGGACAGUUAUAAAGCGCCUGAAGAACGGGGAGGAGCUGAAGGGCAUCUUCAUCAAACAGGUGCUCCCAGACAGUCCUGCAGGACGCACCCGAGCCCUAAAAACUGGAGACAAGAUCUUACAGGUGUCAGGUGUAGACCUGCAGAACGCCAGCCAUGAGGAGGCAGUGCAGGCCAUCAAAAGUGCUCCAAAUCCUGUGGAGUUCAUCGUGCAGAGUCUCUCCUCUACUCCCAGGCCUGUUUCAGUCACAGCCUCAAAUAUAAAACAGCAUAAGGCCAAAAGGAAAGGCAUGCAGAAAGCAGAACAUCCACCUGCGCCUCCUCUCAUGCGUCCACCUCCACCAUACCGACCCCCCAGCCUUGUACAGGAGGAGCAGGAUCCUGAGCAGGACAGAGAGGAGAUCAGGCAGAGGUACGGCGAGCUGCCGGGGGAGCUGUUUAUCGUGGAGCUGGAGAAAGAUCAUCAGGGUUUGGGUCUGAGCCUGGCCGGGAAUAGAGACCGUUCCUGCAUGAGCAUCUUCGUGGUGGGCAUCAACCCUGGAGGACCUGCCAGUUGCGAUAGCCGAAUCAGAGUGGGCGAUGAAUUACUGGAGAUCAAUAACCAGGUGCUUUAUGGGAGGAGCCAUCAAAAUGCAUCGGCCAUCAUCAAGAGCGCUGCAUCCAAGGUGAAGCUGGUGCUCCUAAGGAAUGAAGAUGCAAUCAAUCAAAUGGCAGUUCCACCUUUUCCCUACCAGCCUACCUUCCUUUUAUCCAAUGAGAUUCACCAGAGCCUGCCAGAGCCCACUGUACCUGCAGAAAAGCCUCCAGAGUGUCUCCCUGAGCCCCUGCUGAACCAGGAGCAGAUAAGUGAGGUAAUUUCAGAGAGGCUGGAGACUCCAAAGCCCACUGAGAAGAUCCUGCAAGAAGGCGAGGCUGCCUGUAAGAAGUUAAAGUCUGAUGGAGUGAUGGAGAGUGUAAUCGAGGAGCCAACCAAGCCUGUGUUUGAGACGAAUGCUAGCCUUUCCGAAAGCCUAAACUCAAGCAAGCUUCCAGCAGGUCCUGUAGAUGUGGCAGCACCCUUAUUUUCAGUGCCUCCUCCUUCUACAAGCCCUGACUUUGAGUACUGCAACAAAGACCCUGCUGUGUGUCCCAUAGUGCCAGGACAGGAGACAGUGAUUGAGAUCUCUAAAGGACGCUCUGGACUUGGCCUCAGUAUUGUUGGAGGAAAAGACACCCAGCUGGAUGCUAUUGUGAUCCAUGAGGUGUACGAGGAGGGAGCAGCAGCCCGGGAUGGUCGUCUGUGGGCAGGAGAUCAGAUACUGGAGGUGAACGGAGUGGACCUGCGCAGCGUGGCUCAUGAGGAUGCUAUUGCAGCUUUGAGACAGACUCCAGCUAAAGUGCGUCUGACUGUUCUGCGAGAUGAAGCUCAGUACCGUGAUGAGGAAAACCUGGACGUGUUCACGGUGGAGCUGCAGAAGAAGAGUGGCCGGGGUCUGGGCCUCAGCAUCGUGGGCAAAAGGAAUGGUACAGGUGUGUUCAUCUCUGAUGUGGUUAAGGGCGGGGCAGCUGAUGUAGAUGGCAGGCUCAUGCAGGGAGACCAGAUCCUGUCUGUGGACGGAGAGGACAUGAGACGAGCCUCUCAGGAGACGGUGGCUGCUGUCCUUAAGUGUGCCAGGGGGAUGGUGCGGCUAGAACUGGGCCGGCUAAAGGCAGCUUCCUGGAUUUCCUCCAGACGUAUCUCUCAAGGAAGCCAGAUGAACCAUGCGAGUAAUAUGAUCAAUAGCAACCCUGUGGUCCCUGUUGCGCCUCCCAGUGUCCAACCACCUAACCAGAUCCUAAGCAGCAUCAAGAGAACUGGACAUGAGUCCAGCACAAAGAUUCCUGGAGCUGAAUCGGGCCUUCGCACAGUGGAGAUCACUCGUGGCCCCACUGAUGCACUGGGGAUCAGUAUAGCUGGUGGAAAGGGCAGUCCACUGGGAGACAUCCCCAUUUUCAUUGCCAUGAUCCAGGCUAACGGUGUGGCUGCCAGGACUCACCGCCUCAAGGUGGGCGACCGUAUUGUGAGCAUUAACUCUCAGUCUCUGGAGGGACUGACUCAUGGGGAUGUGGUCAACAUGCUGAAGAAUGCGUAUGGCAGCAUCGUUUUACAGGUGAUCGCAGAUACCAACAUCAGUGCCAUAGCGAGUCAGGUGGAGAGCCUGUCCUCAAGCUCCACCAUCAGCACCAACCCAGAGAUUCCCAUUACAGAGCCGGAGUGUGUUGAUUUUGACAGACCUCAGAAGCCGAAGAGCAUCACUCUGGAGAAGGGCUCUGAUGGACUUGGCUUCAGCAUAGUGGGCGGCUUCGGGAGUCCACACGGAGACCUGCCCAUCUAUGUCAAAACCGUCUUCAGCAAGGGGGCAGCAGCGGUGGACGGACGUUUGAAGCGUGGCGAUCAGAUCCUGUCUGUAAACGGAGAGAGUUUAGAAGGAGCCACUCACGAACAGGCUGUGGCCAUCCUGAAAAAACAAAGAGGGGUCGUCACGCUGUCUGUACUUUCUUAACACUCACUGAACUAAUUUACUGAACGGGACUGAACGCUCUCACUCACUAUGCAUUCCAGCCUUGUUUUUCAGGAUCUAGUACAGUAUCCACACACGCACGUCCUAGUGAGUACCUGCAUGGUAUCAAUGGUCCUCAUCAAACAUGGUGGCGCUGUGUAACGCAAAGUCCUGCUAAGAUGGAAAAGUGAACCGAGACUCACUGCUGGACUCGGUGGAGAGUGAGACAGAGUGAGUCUGCUGAAAUGGCGAUGCUGCUCUGUUUGGACUUUUUCUUUGAUCGUGGUUAGAUGAUAGCGAGAACACUUACUACACUUCUUAGUAUUGAAGCCUUGGUUGCACUUCCACAGGUUACGUCUGUAGUUGACGUACACGUCUCAGCAGUCUUGGGAUUUCUUUUCCAAGUGUGUAGAGGCUGCAAUGCAAUAAAAAGUAGGAGCACGGGAUUGUUUUUUGCAUUGCAGCUUGAAAACAUUUCAAUUUUAUGUUUUAUUCCUUCUUUCUCCUGGUCAGGGUCGCGAUGGAUCUGGUUUACCCGGAAUCACUUGGCGCAAUGCAGUAACACACAACCAGACAGGGCGCCAAUCCACUGCGAGGCCUCGGCCACCCCCUUUUCUCAGAGACAGCCAAUCAUGUCUGUAUGUAGACGUGCAAACAGUCGAUAGUACCUCUAAGGAGUAAACCCAAGAUCCUAAAGCUAGUGGGAUAGUGUAAUAUACCGCUGUGCCACCUAAGCACCCAGCUUCUAAACAUAUUUCAGUGUAAAGUGUCACACAUGUUCCAGAACCUUCUUAAUAAUGGCAGACCUGUUUCUGGUGGUUUUUGGAUUGCAUCUAAAUCCAAACUAAUUUCAUUUAGGCAUGCGAGUAACACCACUGUUCCAUGUAUCUUUUAAUCAGUCAUGAUUUAUAUAGGCACAUCAUAAUUAUAAUAACAAAUAAUGGUAAUUAAUAAUUAUAAUUAAUAGUGAUAAUUAAUUAUAACAAUAAUUAAAAAUGAGAUUGUCAGGGACCAAGCACAAAUUUAAAAUAGAAGUUCAAUUCAUACUAAAUUUUAAUUUAUUCAAUACGGUUUUUGUGUCAUAAGUAUUUUUUCCAAUCAUUUGGACACAAAAAAGAACAGUUACAUAAGUUAUUAAAAUCUACAGCUUACCAUGACAUACUGUAAAUUUCUUGUACACGUGUACUUAAACUUUUGACUUCAGCUUUAUUUAAUUACCUGACAGACACUUUUAUGUAAAAUAAUCUAUUAUUAAACAAAAUCAAUCAGCGCUCGGGUGGUGCAGCUGUAAAACACACUAGUGCACAAAUCUGACAUCUUAAACUUGCAAAUACGAAUUUCAGCUCUGCUACCGGCAGGCCGGGUACCUGUACAAAUACUGAUUGGCUUGUUCGAGGGUGAUGUUACGACCUCUGCUGGCCGAUCGAUGGCGCCUGCACAGAGACGGAGGAUAAUGGAGAUCAGUGCACGAUUCAGAUCCUUUUGUGUCUGUGAACCCGCUCUCUGCAGGUGAAAAAGAAGUGGCUGAAUACUGCACACGUGUUGGCAGGGGGCGUGUGUUAGUCCUCGGUCAGGAGUCGAGGUCGGUAGUGGAAGUGAAAUCUGAUCAGGUAAUUGGAUAUGACAAGACUGGAAGGAAAAUUGAGGAAAAAGCAUUAAAAAUAAAUCUUUCUCUCUGAUUCAGAAAGCCCUUUUCCAGUGAUGGAAUCAGUGCUGGUUCAGGAAAGCAGUGCACUUUUCUAACUACCUACUUCCUACUACCUACCAAUUCCUUCAGUUUAAAAACCCAAAUUAUUAUGCUUUUGUAUUAAGACAUAACAAUCACAGCCAGCUAGUUGAUUGUGAUCCUGUUAAUUGCUAAAACCUUGUGAUCAUUCAUACACCCGAUGAGUAUUCACUGUCCCAUUUGAUUCAACUACUGGAUGAAACAUGAUCUGGGCUAGAAGAUGCUUAUGAAUGGAUGGAUGAAUAAAUGAAUGAAUGCUUCGCACCCACAUACACUGCAAUAAAACACACACACACACACACACACAUAUUCUUCAUAUUGCCUGUCUUAAUGGUGGACGUUGGCUGCUGUGAGCCACAUACUAAUCCCUGAACGGCUAAUUAAUACCAAACCCACACAAAGAUUUACCAGCUGACUGAAGACUAAUCACUUUGCUUACGUUUGCAACGACGGAUUAAUUUUUCACAUCCACACUGUCAUAAAGAACCACAGGGAGAAACUGUGAUGAGGGGUAUAUUGCUAAACUAUUUGCCUUGAUUGUUUCAUUUGCCUUGAUUAGUUCAUUCUGGGAAUCUUUUAUUUUUUGUUAUUGUUGAAUUGUUUGUGUUCUUAAUUAUUUGUAGGACUCGACACUAGAAGCACUGUAAUCCAUCAUAGUGAAGAGGAGGAUUUAGAAUGCAGCUGUCUUGUUUCAUGACUGAAUAGUCGGAUUUGACGUUAUCUGUCUGACUUGCAAAUAAGUUUAUGUAUUUCUUUAAGAAAUGUUUUCUGUUGUCUUUUAUUCCCUAAAACUGCCUGUGCUUAAUGACUUAAUUGCACAAAUUAGUAAAGUCAGUGUAUGUAUGUUUAAUUUUGUAGGACCUCCAUUAUUUUCCUCAAUGAAAUGAAGAUGUAAAAUGUUUCCUAAUUUUACUCCUUCACAAUGUGAGGAAAUCCUGUGUCAGUCAGACUCCCAGUAUUUAAGAGGAAGUGUGUCAGAUUCUUGAGACAGUCGUACAACCUUAAGGUCAGUGAAAUUGAGUUGCAGGAGGAAGCACUCACCAAAAUGACCCUGCUGAGAUUUAAAAGAAAAAACCUUGUUGUAUUAGGGCUGAUACCCACUUUUUCACCAUUAAAAGCACAGCAAACUUCAGAUGUACCUAAUAUAGGAUUAAGUCAAGACAUGCUGGAAGAUGUUUUAAGUAGCUGUGAUCGUCAACUGAGUGGUAACACAAAGUCGCCUUUAUUUUUAUGUCUUUGUUUAGUGUAAUAGUUGAAUAAAAGCUAUUAAAUGCG